AUGGUAAAACGAUUUCAGUUUACAGCUGUGUUGUCUUUCGGAAAAGAAGAUUCUGUAGGAAUGUUUCGUUGUCCUUGGGGGGUAGCAGUGAAUGCCACGGAUUGUCACAACCACAGAAUUCAAAUAUUUGACAGAAAUGGAGAUUAUUUACGAUCAUUUUGUAGGGAAAGUAGAAAGACCGGAGAAUUUAACUAUCCGAGGGGAAUAGCAUCUCAUAACAAUGGGAAUAUUUUUGUGGCGAACCCGGAUAACCACAGAAUCCAAAUUUUUACGGGGGAGGGUCAGAAUGUGGACAGUUUUGGUGGGAAAGGAAACCUUGAUAAUCAGCUCAAUUUUCCUUGAGGUUUAUCGGUAGACAGCGACGGAAACGUUAUUGUUGCUGAUACAGGUAACAAAAUGAUUAAGAUCUUUUCUUCUGAUGGCACGUUUCUAAUAAAGAUAGGUGAACAUGGCGCUUUUACUUUCCCUAUCCACUGUGUCCAGUACGAUAAAUAUCUCAUAGUGUCGGACCAAUAUCAACAUUGUAUUAAAGUUUAUGACAGGAGUGGAAACCUUCAGUACAAGUUUGGAAAGGAGGGUGAAGGGAAUGGGGAGUUUAAUUAUCCCACAUGUUUGUCAGUGAACAAAUCAGGACACCUGAUGGUAUGUGACUCAUAUAAUCAUAGAAUACAAGUAUUUGAACUGAAUGGAAAGUUUUUUCAGUAA